AAUCCGCGACAGCUUCUCAAUGGCGUGAUGUCGGUCUGUCAAUGGUUAAGAGAGAGAGGGAAAUGCGAUUGGACGUCCCCGCCUACUAGUAUAAUGUAAAGACCUCAGCACAGCUUCAAAAAGUUCACAAAGGGCGUAAGAACACACUUACAACACGCUAGGUCGUACUGCUACAUACUUGGUACUUUGAAAUUAUUACAGAGAAACACAGUAUACUCGAUAUUUAUUAUUCACUGAAACAAAUACAAUGGCUAAAGGAGAAGGGAGCGAGCAGUAUUCGAAUACCAAUCUGUUACAAAACAAACCAUUGAAUGAAGGUGACGUAAAAUUAGCAACCAAGAGUGACCGAGGCGGCAGGCUGACUGUGUGCAAUAAGAUCUGCUAUGCUAUCGGUGGUGCUCCCUAUCAGAUCACAGGAUGUGCCCUGGGGUUCUUCCUACAGAUAUACCUGCUCGACGUGGCUCAGCUGGACCCGUUCUACGCCUCCAUCAUCCUGUUUGUGGGCCGGGCCUGGGACGCUGUCACUGACCCCACGGUGGGCUUCCUGGUCAGUCGAAGCUGCUGGACCCGAUUCGGACGCAUGAUGCCCUGGAUUUUGCUCUCCACUCCAUUUGCGGUGGCCUCCUAUUUUCUCAUCUGGUACGUCCCGUCGUUUGACCAAGGCAAGGUGAUCUGGUACCUGGUUUUCUAUUGCCUCUUCCAGACACUGCAGACGUGUUUCCACGUGCCCUACUCAUCCCUCACCAUGUUUAUCAGCUCUGAGCAGAAGGAGAGAGACUCCGCCACUGCCUACCGUAUGACGGUGGAGGUCCUGGGCUCUGUUUUGGGCACGGCUAUCCAGGGUCAGAUUGUGGGGGGUGCCAACGUUCCUUGCAUUCCGAGUGCCCUGGACCUUGGCAGGGGGGUCAACGCCACAGUGUCCCUGUCAGAGGUCAACGUCACCAAGGAGUACGUCUCCCUGGACGAACUGGUGCUACAGAAAAAGUCCUACAUGGUCGCGGCAGGUGUCAUCGGCAUCGUUUACAUCGUGUGUGCUUUCAUUGUGUUCUUUGGCGUACGGGAAAGACCAGACCCCACAACUCCCCGAGAGAAGAAGCCCAUUUCCUUCUUCCAGGGCCUGCGCUUGGUGAUGGGGCACGGGCCGUACGCCAAGCUGGUCAUGGGCUUCCUCUUCACAUCCCUGGCCUUCAUGCUCCUGGAAGGGAAUUUCGCUCUUUUCUGCACCUACACUCUGGGAUUCCGGAAUGACUUUCAGAACAUUCUUCUGGCCAUCAUGAUCUCCGCGACCCUGACCAUCCCCUUCUGGCAGUGGUUUCUGACGAAGUUCGGAAAGAAGACAGCAGUGUACUUUGGGAUCUCGUGGGUGAUCCCCUUCAUGAUUCUCAUCGUCUUGAUCGAGAGUAACCUCAUCGUGACCUACGUGGUGUCCGUGGCGGCUGGGAUCAGCGUGGCCGCAGCCUUCCUUCUACCCUGGUCCAUGCUUCCAGACGUGAUCGAUGACUUCAAGAUCUGUAACCCCCAGUCCCAAGGGCACGAGGCCAUCUUCUACUCCUUCUACGUCUUCUUCACCAAGUUCGCCUCCGGAGUGUCCCUGGGCAUCUCCACACUCAGUCUAGAUUUCGCAGGGUACCUGACGCGGGGCUGCUCUCAGCCGGACGCAGUCAAUCUAACCCUGAAGAUGCUGGUGUCCCCUGCGCCCAUCGUGCUCAUCAUCCUGGGGCUCAUCAUCUUUAAGCUGUACCCCAUCAACGAGGAGACUCGGCAGAAGAACAAGAAGAUUUUACAGGACAUGCGAAAUCCUGCAGGGAUAACGAACACGACUCUGAGACAAACUCCAGUAUAGUGUAACAGACCGGAGCCGUCUCUCUGUACUGGUGUUUAAACUGGGCUGCGGCACUGGGGAACAACAGCAAAAAAACUGCGGAAAACGGCCCAACUUGGAGUGACCGAGCCUACCUUGACACCUCGAGAGAACCCCAGGCUUUGCAGGCCUGACGUUCACGGAUCCUUACAAUUUGGGAUCUGAAAACUCUUGGGAGCUUUACAAGCCUCCAAGGGGCUACACUUUGAAAGGACUGUCUACACAAGCCUGGGAUGAACCUCCACUGAAAUCUUAAUGGGUGCACUUGAAUUGAACGGAUGUGACGGAGUCUGAAUCCAGGAUGAACUGGGAUCUUUACUGUUUUACAAUAAGUAAAUCAGCCUGACCCAUAGCAUCCGUGAACAAAUGUGAAAAAAAAAGUCCUUAUUUAUUGGGGUGAGGUGGUGGGGCAGGGGAGUUUAAUGUAUUUAUCAUUGAAUACAGUACACUGACGGAACCUAAAAGCUGCUCAUUGCUCUGGACUCACCAGUAAGAUAUCCACAGUCCAGGGUAUUUCCACCUUGGGUUUAAGAUCUCUAAUUUAUGCAUUAAAAGACCCCAGCAGAUUUGUAUCUAACUGGAGAAUCAACCCCUUAAUGCCUGACCCUUAAGCUGUUACUUGUAAUACUUCAUUCACAGGCAGUGAUGUCUCUUCCACACUACUGAAAAUACACUAGACUCAGGGUUUAAACGAAGUAGCAGCUAUAUGACAAACUGUACUGAAGCAGUGUUAAACAGACACCCACUCAUGCUGGAUUACACUGAGACUUGCUGACAACUGUUUCAGGUCUUUCUAGUCUUACCUGUAGUGGUUUUUAAAGCGCAGAGAUAACCUUUUUAAUAAUAAUAAUGAUAAUAUUGAAGGUGUUAAAAGAUUUGCUGCUGUUUAAACCUACAGUACAGCGACAAUGCAUCCAGGAGUUCCAGAAAUGGGUGGUGUCCCAUUUGUUUUUGUUUUUAUUUAUUUAUUUAUUUUCUCACUUCGUACCGUACGGACCGUAUUCUCAAAGACUGAUGAGAAAAACACCUGCUGAUGAACCAAACCAGCAGCACAUGCUUUCGCGUCGUGUCCUGUAGUUAUCACAGGAGUCUGUUUACACUAAUACUCCUAUCCGUAUUUCAUGUCAUGUUUUACAGGUCAUUUCAUACACGCAAGGAGCCCUGUACAGCAUGUCAGUAUUGUUCAUGAGCAUAGCUUCUGUGUACAGUUUGGGAGUUGAUUUAUUUGAGUCCCAGUUAUCAAUAGCUAAAAGUGGACUGAAAUCCAAAAACAAGCACUUCUGAAACACAUGCUACCGUUACGUUUUGUAAUGUUGUGCUACAAGCAAAGCGAUCGCGCAGACCUGGAUACAGUGAAUGUUAAACUUCAAUGAUCUGAGCCCUUCCUAUGUGAUAUGUGAAUGUGUUGUGUGUUUUGAUAUUGUGCAGAUAGUGUCUCUUCUCUCUCUAAAGCACUUGUGAACUGGGUGGCAGGCUUCUCUGUCAAGAAGCGAUUUAUAUCCUGCCUGAAUCUUGCUCUUGGUUUACUGAUGUUCUGAAGCGUUCACCUGGAGCACACUUCAGAAUGUAAAGAAUACAAAUGGAAGUUAGACUCCCAUUGCUUUGCAAGCAGAGCCGUUCCAGGUUUUACUGUGAGCUUAAUUACGGAUCCCUUGGUUAGCACAAGUACAACCAUUUGUGUCAUGUUUGCUUAUGUUAACCCCGUCUCCAUCCUGCUAUUGUAUUGAGCAGCUUCUCGUAACGUUGAGAAAGUAUAAGUCAAAUGAAAAGCUAGUCAAAGGAAAACCUGGAAUGACCCAAACUGCUCUGCAACGGCAGUCUUUCUAUCACUAGUCUGUGAUAUGUGACUCCUGGGGUAAUUGCCUCAGUACAGGGUUUUGAAUCUGAGUUGUCUCCUUUGCACUUAUAAAGAGGAGAGCCAGACCAGCUUAGCCGCAGGCUCUGGCUAGCUCUGCGCUGUAGCACUAGACUUGUGUUUAUUCAUCCAAGGCUAUAUGCAUGAAAGCCAAGUCUGUUAUUUUUUUAUUUUUUAUUUUUUUGGCUCAUUUAGUUACCUGCUGUUGGUAAAAGCUCUACUAAGUUAAUAAAAUCAUUGCAUUCAGUCCCAGUUUGCCUGUGUUGCUCACAAUGUAACGCGAUGCUGAUGACUCUGUAGAAAUACAAAUGGACAGCUGUGGUCAAAAGUUUUGCAUCGCCUAGAAUUUUAGGAUUGAGACACCAAUUAAAAAAAAAAAAAAAAAAAAAAAAAAAAGACGGACGACAAAAAUUAUGAACAUAAUUUUAAUCUCUUUAUUUAACAUCAUGUAAUCAAAUAACCUAUAAAAUGAUACUGGAAAAGUCUACCGGAAGCCAUAAUAGUAGUACAGUAUUUCACGUUGGAUUUCGAAAUGUCACAUUUUGUUUUUUAAUUUGUCAGGUUUCUGUUAAGUGUAUGGAAAACUACAAAGUGGUGUGCAAUUCAGCAUGUGAACGCAAUAUUAUUCAGCAGGUUUCAUUCGACUUUAUGAAGCAAAAUGAGUUAAUUCUAUAGAGUGAUGCAAAACUUUUGGCCACAGCUGAAUAUAAUGUAAGUAGGUCAAAAAACAUUAGACUGUGCAAGUACUCUCCUGUACCUGUGGUCUAGAUGUGGGGGUGCUGAACAUGUAACAUGCUCUGUGUGGGGUGCAUACCUUUUACGUUGUUACUGUCCACUAUAAAACAUUGGCUUGGUAGGUUAAAUGCACAGAAUGAAAUUAAAAUAAUGAAAUGCACCGUAGGUUAAAUGCACUCGUUUGAGUUGGUAGCACCACACAGAGGUAGCAGGCUGUGGAUUGGAUGUGCAUGGAAGAUGAGCUCUCCAGACCGGCCGGUCCCUCCAGUGGAGCGGAGAGAACGUUAAUGUUGUUUACAUUGGACUCUUUUCCGUGGUGUUUGCAACCCCUCCAGGUGGGCUGUGUUGCGCCAGUGUAUUAGGUUGGCAUUUCUGAGCUUGUGUGGAGAAGUGCUUGUUCCUCCUUCCAUACAAAUCAUGUGACAACUCUGUCUGAGACACCUACUCUCGUCAGACUUCAGAAUGAUCAUGACUGCAAACGCCCAAAAACAAACGGGGGGUGGGGGGUAACGGGACCACAUUUAAAGGUACAGUACUUAUUCUUUCAAAUAAACGGCAGUUCUAACCACUUCUAAAAUGCUAUUCUUUUUGAAGUUGCUAUAGAUUCCUCCUGAUAGUUGUUCAAAGACAUUCCUAUACAGGGGUGUACUGGGAUCCACACAAUGGUCAGCAUUACCCUUCCUACCAAACAGCGUCACCCUAAUGUCUGUUUAUAUGUAGAUCCUUUGUAAAUAUAACUAUAGCUGAGGUGAACUUGUACAGUAACACUAGUCAUGUGUUAAAUUAAAAUUUGUUCUUGAACAAAAUGUAUUUUUGUGAAAACUUUUUUUGUAAAAAAAAUAAAAUAAAAAUGGAAAUAAUAAUAAUAAUAAUAAUAAUAAUAAAAUGAUAUUGUCACUAAAA